UCACUUUUGUCAUUUAUUUAACCUGUAAAGGUAUGGGUGUAAGUGUUGUGAGUUGUGAGUUUAUAUGAAUUUGCAUCUAACUCUUGGAAUUGUUUAUUCUUGUGGCGUAUUCCAUUGAACAUGGCUUAUUUGUCUCGCAGAGAAAUCGAAGACUUGAAGCCAUCGGUGGAAAGGGCGGUUUAUAAAACGUUGGGAAACAGUGACUCUUCAGUGCUCAGAGUCGUCAUAGAUUGUUUGACUAGUGGAUAUGAUCGUCGGAAAAUUGCUGAUAAACUCGACUCCUACAUAGACAGUAAAAAGGCUAGCCGUCUUUCCGAAAGGAUACAAGACUUGCUGGACGAUGUCGAUGCUACUCGUAAGUCAAAGAAACGCUCAUAUGAUGAUGACCGAGAUAGAGAUCGAGAUCGAGAUUCAAAAAAGUCGAAAAACGACAGCAAUAGAGAUAGAGAGCGGGACAGAGAGUCCAGAAGUAGAGACUCGAUGUCGGGACGUGAAAAGGAAAAACACCUGUCUGAUAAAGACGGCAUAAUGAGAAAUUUAAAAAUGGAUCCUUUACCACCCCCGAGCAAAAACAGCAUUAGUUUGGCUAAUAUAAAAAUUCCUCAACCAAGUAUUUAUGGUAUCCCCACGGGGUUACUAAAUAAAGGCGAUGCCGAAAAGGCCAGGAAAAUCGCUCAAUUGCAAGCCCAAAUUAAAAAUAAACUCUCUACUGGCAUAUUGGGAAAUGCAAUUCAAAUUCCUAUUAUCCCAACUAAACCUCAACCUCUAAUUUUGGAUGAGGAGGGAAGGACUAUUGAUAAAUCAGGUAAAGCCAUUCAACUUACACAUGUAGCACCCACACUAAAAGCCAAUUUAAGAGCCUUGAAGAGAGAACAGUACAAGGAGAAAGUUGACAAAAGGGAUGAUGAUAAUUCUGAGACAAGUUUUAUUGAUCCCAGAAUUGGUUUAAAACCGGCUCUUAGAAAUAAAAGGGCAUUAAGGUUCCAUGAACCUGGAAAAUUUCAACAAUUGGCCGAAAGGCUGAGAAUGAAAUCUCAACUGGAAAAAUUGCAAAAUGAAAUUUCUCAAAUCGCCAAAAAAACCGGCAUCUCGUCAGCUACAAAAUUGGCCUUGAUUGCCAAAUCCGAAGGUGUUACUGAAGAAGUACCGCUAAUGGAAUGGUGGGAUUCCGUUAUUCUGGAAGAUAACUUGGACACUCAAACUCAAACGGGAAAGAUUGCCAUUAAGCAAAAUUCCAUCAACAAUUUAGUCGAACAUCCAACGCAAAUGAGAUGUCCUACUGAUCCAAUCAAGCCCGUUUACAUGCCAGUUUUUCUGACGAAAAAGGAGCGAAAGAAGUUGCGAAGACAGAACAGAAGAGAAACAUGGAAGGAGGAGCAGGAAAAGAUCCGAUUAGGCCUGGAAGCACCUCCAGAACCAAAAUUGCGAAUUUCGAAUUUAAUGAGAGCUCUUGGAACUGAGGCAGUUCAGGAUCCAACUAAAAUCGAGGCUCAUGUCAGGGAGCAAAUGGCGAAAAGACAGAAAGCCCAUGAGGACGCCAAUGCAGCACGUAAACUAACAGCUGAACAGAAAAGGGAUAAGAAAGUGAAAAAACUGAAGGAGGACACGACUUUGGGUGUGCAAGUAUCCAUUUAUCGAAUUCUUCAUCUUCACGAGUUAGCCGCAAAGAAAUUCAAGGUGGAAACCAACGCAAAACAAUUGUACAUGAGUGGAUGUGUAGUUCUUUAUCCAGAUUGCUGUGUCGUUGUGGUGGAAGGAGGACCUAAGCAGCAAAAGAAAUAUAAAAGAUUAAUGUUGAAUCGAAUUAAAUGGGAGGAGGACAUUGUUAAGGACCCAGAUGGUAGAGAUGUGCCCAACAAAUGCGUGUUGGUUUGGGAAGGCACAACAAAGCAGAGGAAUUUUGGAGAAUUGAAAUUCAAAGUUUGUCCCACAGAACGGUUAGCCAGGGAACAUUUCAAAAAACAUAAAGUUGAGCACUAUUGGGAUUUGGCAUACAGUGGCGCUGUUUUGGAACAGUCCAGCGAUUUAAUUGAUUGAAUAUUGAGCACCCUUGACAUGCAGAGAAUAAUAAUUUUUCACAGUUUUCGUUUACAACUUUGUAACGUGAGUUAUCACAUUGAUUAAUAAAUUUUAAUGUUUGUAAUUAAUUUGCAAAAUAAUGCAGUAGUUUCGCAGUUUUAUGUUUUUUGUCUAUUUUGAUUUUUGCGUUUCAAUUGGUUUUUGCAAUUAUUUGCUGUCAAUGUGUCAAUCAGCUUUUGAAUAGAAAUUGUUACAUAUUUGCUUCUACUUCUAAUUGAGUAUGAUUGAAGUCUAUAAACAGAUCCUCGAAACAGUUUGCAUAGCAGGUAAGAACGUAGAUAGAUCUUUUAUUUUCCACUCAAAUCCACUUAUUUUUACUAUUGUUAGGAAUUAGUUUAGGAAACACUUUGGUUUUUAUUAUAACAUUGGGAAGCACACAAAUAAACUCGUCAUAUGCAA